CACUUAAAUUCUCAUCACAAAAUACAUCAACCAAAGAAACAGUGAAACACACUGAACUUUCCAAGUCUUCACUUUGUGUGUUCCACUUGUUGAGAGGCUCAGGUGGCAAAGAUGGCAGUGGAGAUGGCCAUCAGAGCUUCAGUCACCCCAAGACCUCAGCUUUCUCCCUCUCAUUCUUCUCCUCUACCAUCUUCAUCAUCAUCUUCUUCAUCAUCAUCACCUGCAUCAUCCACACCUAAAUUAUGUUUCAAACCCCAAUUCAGACCCAUCUCUCUGUCACUCCCAACAUCAACUACCCUAUCUCUGUUGGCCCUCUUCACCUCUCCCUCUGAAGCCAGGGCCUUUAGCCUCUCCAAGGAUCAAAUAGUCUCCUCCCUCAAUGAAGUGGAGCAGACAAUUGAUCAAGUUCAGCAAGUGGGUUCUAGUGUUCUCGAUAACACAGCGCGUUUUCUUGAAGCUUUCAUAAAUGCAGUGAAGCCUGGAGUCGAUGUAGCAAUGCCGAUUGCUAAGCAGGCUGGAGAAGAAGCCUUGAAGAUAGCUUCUCCUGCAAUUUCUGAGGUUUCAAAGAAAGCUCAAGAAGCAAUUCAAAGUUCCGGGAUUGACACUGCGCCUGUUUACAGUGCUGCAAAGACGAUAGGUGAUGCAGCAGGACAGACCAGCAAAGUAAUUCAAGAUGCCAAGCCCAUUGCUUCAUCAACUGUCGAGACCAUUUCGUCAGCAGAUCCGGUUGUGAUUGCUGGAACUGCUGGGGUAGUAGUCCUCACAUACUUCCUUCUUCCUCCAAUUUGGUCUGCUAUCUCUUUUAACCUCAGAGGAUACAAAGGUGCCCUCACUCCUGCUCAAACGCUUGAUCUCAUUUCUACAAAGAAUUAUCUUCUGAUAGAUAUUCGAUCAGAGAAGGAGAAGGACAAGGCCGGCAUUCCUCGCCUUCCAUCCAGUUCCAAAAGCAGAUUGAUUGGUAUUCCCUUGGAAGAACUACCAAGCAAACUGAAAGGUCUAGUCAGAAAUGUGAAGAAAGUCGAGGCUGAGAUAACAGCUCUAAAGAUAGCUUACCUCAAGAGAAUCAACAAAGGCACCAACAUCGUCAUCUUGGACUCGUACUCUGAUUCAGGUAAAAUAGUUGCAAGAACACUUACCAAUCUAGGCUUUAAGAACACCUGGAUCGUGGCAGAUGGGUUCUCCGGAGGCAAGGGGUGGCUACAAAGUCGUUUAGGGACAGAUUCAUACAAUUUCUCCUUUGCUGAGGUGAUUUCACCAUCAAGAAUCAUCCCAGCAGCCACCAGAAGUUUUGGUACUACACUUCAGUCGGGUCGAAAGCUGCUAUCAGAUUAACUUAAUUCACAAGCUUGUCUCUAUUUUUUUUUUUCAACCUUUCUUUCAAACUUGUAUCUAGUGGUUUGGUAUUGUUCUUGGUCUAUCUGUUUGUAUAUUCUGUAAUUCAUUUCUUGUACCAUUGUCUAUAAACAGACCAUUGCAUGGAUCAACACAUGAAUUCA